CUUGUUCUCGGAUUGCUACUACAACAGUUCGGUUCAACGUUUGCACAAUUUCACUUGAACGUAGUUUCCUGCGCAGCGAGUAUGACUACCAUGCACCUCCGCACGACUGGUUUUCAUCAUGUUCUACGAAGACACGCUCCUCACCGCUCACCAGUCUUUGCGCGGAGGCUAACGACGGCAUCCUCAUCUUCCCAGUCUUCUGCCCGCACUGCUGUCUACGCGACGGUAUUCACUGCGUCUGUUGGCCUGUUUGCUGUCUAUUACUAUGAUGCGCGUUCCGCAAUCCACCGUUAUGUUUUGACACCUGUCCUGCGUCGUACAUUUGAUGCAGAAACUGGGCACAAGAUUGCUGUCAAAGUCCUUCGUAGCGGACUUGGCCCGCGGGACCCUGUGCAGGAUGAUGAAAGAUUGCGGACUGAGUUUUUGGGGCGUGAAUUGUCUAAUCCCGUUGGCUUGGCAGCUGGUUUUGACAAAGAUGGCGAAGCUAUUGAUGGUAUCCUUAAUCUCGGCUUUAGCUGGGUCGAAAUCGGAAGUGUCACACCAAAACCUCAGCCUGGAAACCCGAAGCCACGCGUAUUUCACCUUCCUGAUGACGCAGCACUUAUCAACCGUUACGGAUUUCCCUCACAAGGCGCUGCCUCUAUGGUUUCCCGCCUUCGCGCUCGCAUACCCAAAUUUCAUGAGACGAAAGACGAUACAACUGCUGCCCUCAAACCUGGGUCAGUUCUUGCAAUCAACCUAGGUAAAAAUAAAUCUUCUCCGGUCGAGUCUCCGGAUGAUUUUGUCACUGGUGUGAAGACGUUCGGCCCAUACGCCGAUGUUCUGGUUGUCAAUGUCUCUAGCCCGAACACACCUGGACUUCGCGGUCUCCAAAAUCGAGAGCUGUUGGAAGAUUUACUUGCGAGUGUCACAAAAGCCCGAGACGAACUCGAGCCAUCACCAAUAACUGCACGGCGACCGCGCUUGGUGCUGAAAAUUGCACCUGACCUCGAGGAAUCACAAAUUCUUGAUAUUGCAGAUCUAAUUCGCAAGAGCAGCAUUGAUGGCGUCAUCGUCAGCAACACUACUGUCAGUCGCCCUGCAAGUCUUACGGAUCCCAAUAAAUCUGAGAUGGGCGGUCUUUCGGGUACUCCCUUGAAGCCGCGUGCAUUACAGGUUUUGAAAACGCUGCGCGCGCACGUCCCUGCAAGUAUUCCACUGAUCGGCUGCGGGGGAAUUAGCACGGGCGCUGAUGCAUUGGAUUAUGCUCGGGCGGGUGCUUCACUGAUUCAGGUGUACACUGGCUUUGGCUAUGAUGGUGUAGGGACUUGUAGACGCAUCAAGGACGAAUUGGAGGCCCUGCUUAGAGCGGAGAACACGACAUGGAAGGCUGUCGUUGAUGAGUCUGUACGGAAGCUCAGUUUGAUAGAGCCAUGAACAGACUUGGAGGCCCCAAUCACACUCAUACAAUAGGAUCAGGAACUCACUGCUGGACCAGGUUGGAGAGCGGAUGAGUAGGACUGAUAUAGCUACAUCACAUGUACCCCAUGCAGUGGGAUGUUCAGUAUGAAGACAACGGAAACGAAGCUGGGAGUCAGUAGAAGAAGAUCGUAGCAACUGAAGCCAGGUGUUCAAGUUUAUGUGAUCAAAUUACAACUGGAUCUGAGUUAAUGAUGCAACGACUGAACUUUCC